AUGUCGUCCGCCUCACCAGUGUCGAGCCGGAGCACAUAUGAUGAGGAGACGGAGUAUCUGAUGAACCCUGCGGCUAACGCCUCGCAAGCCUGCGAAACACGACGUCAGACGACAACGGAGUUGAUGAUGCAGCAACAAGCACAGACGCUCUACACCGCGAACGGCGCCGUGACGGAAGGGAUGACGAUGGGGCACGCCGUUCGCGUCCCUCAGGCGCUGCAGGCGGCUACACGGCGCACGAUGCUUGACGUGCUCACGCAGCUGCGGCGCCAGAAAGAGAACGCCGUGGUGAGCUGCGCUGGAGCAUCUCUUGCCGUGAGGCCCUCACACAACACACGGACAGAACUUGACAGCCGUGGCUCUAUGACUGCCACGGAUGCGGCGGCCCCUCCCCUUCUUCCUGGUACAACUCAGGUGGAAGUAAACGACGCGAGCAUACUUCAGCCAGAUCUUAGUCGAAGCCUGCGGCAUCUUAUGCCUUCUCACCGCGCUUUGCCAGGAGGAUUGAAAGGGCAACACGAGCAAAGUAUGAAUGAAGACAGCAUCUCUGACUUUGACGAUGACAGCGAUGUUGGUGGGGGCCCAGAGCAACUGCCGCAACGGAGCUCCUUGGAAAGACUUGCUGCAUCCGGUCGUUCGCCGCAACGACCCUCCUGGGCUUCUGCGGUCUCUGAGGAGAGUACGAGACGGCAUACAGAGCAUCAGCGGAACUGGGUGAAACUCUUUGCUUCUGAUGAUCCACAGCAAGGGGAAGUGGACGGGGAUGCAGAGCUAAACACUGCGAUGCCGGCGGCGAAGGCCACAUCUGCUCCUCGCACUUCCACGAAAUCCCAUCGCCGGAGUGCAGGUUCAUUUCAGUCUCUUUGGACAGAAGCUGAGGACGAGUCGCGACAAACAACGGGCAGCCGCACAUCGCUUGCAACUCUACUCAACGAGGCAGAGGCCCGAGAUGAAGAGGCUUGUGCCCAGCCUGUAACUAACGCCGGUUGUGCCUCAACUGCCUAUGAGAGGUUGCGCCGGUUCACAGAUGUUUUGGAUGCAGAGGAGGCCGAAGACACUCGUGUGGCUUCCCGCCAUUCUCUUGGGAAGCCCGCGUUUCUUACGAUGCUUCCCAGAAAUGGCGGUGGUGCGUCGGUGUCAGCUGCCUUUGCAGUGUUGCAAGGCGCCGCAAAGAGGGUUGGUGGACGUGGGGGAACAAACGCGGUACUGAAGCAACUGUCAGAGAAUCCGACAUCGGCACGCGUUGUUGCAUACCUGACGCGCUCCUUUGAGGAUUGGAAGCUAGAUGCCGCCCUCAUUCGCCGCGUAGACGAAGACGACGAGCCGCACAAGUUAUCCUCCUCUGGUCCUAUUUCGCUUGCGUCAAGCGGUGUGCAGCUCAAAUUACUUGUGAAGGUGGUGGAGAGUGCCUUUUCUCUCUACUGUUUACGAUGCGAGGUGGUCUGGGCAGAUGCGCAAACGUCAAAGGAGCUUUCAUGCGCCGCACAUGUGGCGGAGGUUAUCCAGUCCGUACGGGAGGCGCGGGGCGGAGUGCAGGAAGCAGAAGUUGAAGAGGGGGCAGGGCACCGUGUUCCAAUCGCACCGGCGACAUGGACGGUCGUUCUGACGACGGCCGCAUUUCGCUCCAUCCCAGUCGUCGUGGGGAGGCAUCUUUAUUUGGCAAGGCCGUUUUUUUCCUACCCUGCCAUCCGCGCCAUCGUUGCCUCGCUCAACGUUACGUCGGACGCGGCCGUGCAAAGGGUGCAGCCGACAACCCACCGCCAGCGUCGUCCACGCGACGCGGACGCGUCGGAGGCGCAAACCGGCGCUUGCGCCCCAAGUGGCGAUCCCUGCGGCGAGGAAAUAUCGGUUGGUGCCACAACGCCGGAGCGAGCCAGUAGGCCGUCUGCAUCGUUGGCGGCUGUCUCGCCGUUCCGGGCGUAUGACCCGUUCGUCAACCCACCGAUAAAUUUGUUUCGCAAAACCUCGGCUGCUUUGGGCUCCUCAGCGACGAUGUCGCAGGGGGCCCUGCAGCGGUCGUGUUCCACCCCGCGAAAGACCACAGUGAACUUGGGCGGUGACGCCCGCGGCCAACUCGUGGCGUCUCGGUCGCAGGUGGUGGUUUCUGACCCCAUCGGGACGCACUUCCCCCGCGGCCCCGGUGAGGAGUGGGACGUGCCACUGGAGGUGCUCCUGGCGCUGUGCCCACCGCGGAAGCGGAAAAGCUCCAGCGCGGCAGGGACGGGCGGCGGGGCGGAGAAGAAUACGUCUGUGACACCGGGAGGGAUCCGCAACGGAGCUUUGUCCCCCGCUCUCUCCUCCCCCUCUUCGAUUGAGGUUGAAGAGCUUUCGCCUUCACUGAAGCCCAAACGAGAGGGGGGGAGCCGCUGCGACAGAAUCCUUUUCAGUGAUUAG